UUGCUGAUUACAGACCAAACGUCAGUUUGGUCGUGCAGAUGCCGUGCAUUACGAAGUAAAUAACUUUCAGUUUGCAAUCUUUUAGUAGUGAAUUUCAUCGGAAAUUUCGCGAAAUGCACGCCGGCGUCGAUCUUAUACUCGUUGACAAAAUUGUCAAUGAGGUAAAAUCACAGGGAGUUUUUGACCAGUUCCGGAAAGAUUCAAUGGCCGACGUUGAUACCAAGCCCGCCUACCAGAACCUACGGCAGCGUGUGGAAACAUCGGUUGGGAAAUUCCUUGCGGAUCAAAAGUGGAAAAGUGAUUUGAACAAAUUCCAGUUACGGGAAAAAUUGAGGAAAUACAUUGUGGAAGCUGGAUUUCUGGACACCGGCGUAGAGCGGAUUGUCGACCAAGUAGUAAACCCGAAAAUCUCGACAGUCUUCCAGCCAAAGAUCGAAGAUAUCGCCUACAAGUACUUAGGCAUCGAGAAACCGCAUACCUCACCGCAAACACAGUGCCUAAAUGGCAGCCUUGACAUCAAAACUGAUUUGUUACCUACAGACUUGGAGGCAGUCAGUCCUGAUUCGGAUAAGACAAAGUCCGAGUCAAAGGAGGACAUCUUCAAUGAAUCAAACGAAGACAAAAACGAGGAGUUUGAGUCACCUCCAUUUGAACCAAUCGAAAGCGUUGUGGUGUCGACUUCCCUAAAAAAGGACGACAGUGACAACUCGCAUUUGUCUGGAAUCAGUGGACUCACUUCACAAGACUCCGUUUCGAGCGAACACAAAGCGGAAAGUCCCGUCGCAAAAUUCGCUGUGAGUGCAGAUACGCAGCCUGAGUCGGAACUUUCAGAAGUUUCAAGCAACAGCAGGCUCUCGAUUGUCACGAACGAAGAUAACAGCCAGAAUGAGAAGCCAAUGGUGAAGAAACCCGCGGAUGUCGAUAUCUCCGAGGAAGCUCAAAUGCCUAAGUUCAGCGAGAACUCGGAAGAGGCAAACACACAGCAUGAUUUGCAUUUCGAUAUAAAACGAGAGGACAUCAAAUUUGAAGGUACCGAACGGAAGGUUGACGGCAACUUAUUCAGUUUCUCUCAUCGUGACGUAAUGGACAUUAAACGUGAGGACGAUCAACUCGAACUUGACAUCAAAUCUGAAUGUAAAAUUGAUCCCCAUUUUAAAUCGGAGGAAGCAUGUGCUAAAUCCCAGCACGAUUCGCAAAUUAAAACCGAAGACGCAUUGGGCGAUUCCAUUUCAACCAAGCAUUCCUUAACGAACGAAGAUGACAAGCGCGGAUCUGCUGCGGUAGAUAUGAGCCUUUCGGAAAACGACUCAUCUGGCGGUUCGAAUUCAACGGGCUCCAGAUCGAGGAACAAGCAUUCGUUGGACUUGCAUUCUAAUGGAAGUCGAAGCGGAUCAUUUCGGCCCAGGCCACCAUCUCCACCUAACGAUUGUAUGCUGCAAAAACCACCUUCACCAAACUAUUAUAUGCUGCCGGCUCCACCACCACCGCCGACUCCCCCUCCACCUCCUCCGCCAGGGGAUGAUUUAUAUAUGCAUCCUCCAUUGCCGCCAUCAGAGCCUCAACUGUCAUCUAAACCACCGUCUCCUCCUCGUAUGCCACCGCUCCCAUCAACACCACCUCCUCCACCGGGAGAGGAACCUCCAUUACCCGGUAUACCACUACGAAAGCAAUCUCCCCCAAAUAUACAGCCGGCUUCACCACCGCUUCCUCCUCCAAAAGAAGAAUAUCCGAUAAUGAGACAUCAGCCGUCCUCGCCUGAAAGAACGUAUCAGCAUGAUUCGAAGGCGCUUGCUUCGUUUUCUAGUAAGGGGGCCGCAAUGGUGAGAACACCUCCGUCUUCUCCGCCAGAAACAACUGGCACCAAGGAAUUCGACUAUACAUCACCUGAACAGAAAAGUAAUUCAGCAUCAGGGCCAUUCUCCUCGACCCCUUUAUCUCCAUCUCUCCAACAAAGAACUGGCUCCCCCAAACAUUUUCGUUAUGAACGAGAAUCUGACAUUCGAUCGAAAUACGAGGCUGCCGCAACUCCGAGCAAAUCCGGAUUACACCGACCUCCGUCACCGAAAUACAAACCUCCUUCUCCACCGUCUCCUCCGAGGCAGAAGAUUGGUUCUCCACAAUAUACGCAGAGGUAUGAUUACCGCCCUCCUUCUCCAAAGCAGCAACAUUCUGCAUCGCCCAAUCAGCUUUCUCAGUUAGAGGACGUGUCGUCUCCAUUGAAUGAGGACUACGCUAACUCACCUUCACCGCCGCCAUAUGAAGAGCUUCGUCCUAACUCACCUACAUCCUUCGAUCUGAAGUCAAUUUCAUCCAAAGAGACAAGUUUCUCGCUCUCUGAAACAUCUCAGAACGAAACUAUGUCUAAGCCACCAUCUCCAUUCUCUCCGAAAGACAAAGUCAAUUCUUCAAAAGAUCAGGAGGCAACAAAACAAUCAGCGUCACCACAAAGCAAGUCGAAGACAGACCAACCUUUAAAGCCCCCAUCCACCCCACCGCAAUCUAAAUCCAGCUCAAAGAGCGAAAAUCGAAGUUCGAAAAGUUCCAGUCAUCACUCCCAUCAUCAUAAAUCAUCCAAAUCGUCGAAAGACGACAAAAGUUCCAGUAAAAGUCAUUCCCAUAGAUCUUCUAGUUCGUCAUCUCGCAAUCACACUUCGUCAUCAUCUCAUCGAUCAGCAGAUGAAAAAAAACGUUCCAGUUCAUCUUCAUCGUCAAGCAAGCACAAAUCGAAAUCUGAUAGUCGUGAUAAGGAGCGAGAUAAGGAUAAGAAUCGGAAAAAGGACGACCAUUCUUCCGCGCGACACAAAGAACGUAGAAGGAAGUCAACGGAUUCUAACGAUGGAGACAGUCAUAGGCAUGGCUCGAAACAUGGAAGCAGUCGUCACGGACAUGAAAGAUCAUCUCACAGUACAACUAAAGAGUCAACUUCUAAUUCAAAUUCAUCAGGAAAUUUUUCAUCGAACAGUAAUUCCUGCAACGAUCCUGCUCAAGGUCACUCCUCAGCGAUAUCUCGUUCUAAAACAAGCAAAGACUCACAUCGUAGUUCUGGCAAAGAUGAAGAUUUGAGAUUUUUCAUAAUUUCUGAAGAAGAAAGACGAAAUACAGAAGCUCUAUUAUCUAAAUUAAACGCCACAAUUGGAACCAAUUCAACUCCAGCAUAUUUACUGGACUGCGAUGAAGACGUGCAAGACGCAGUCAAACAUCUAACCGAAAAUGUGAUCAAUGUCCAAGACGACAAGUCUAUUCGCGACGUUUCCAAGUACACAGUUACUUACCUCAAUUCCGAUUUGUCUACCCCGAAGCCAGCUCAAAUGUAUUUUCAAGACAAAAUCAUGAAAACAUCCAAUGGCAAAUGGCCAAUAAUGAACAAUGUCUCACGCAAACGCAAAGCUAACAGUCCUUCUAGGACGGUUUAUAAAAUGCUGACUCCAUCGAAUGAUAAGCGGCGUAAUGAAACUUGUCUCAUUAUUGACUGCAUCGAGUAUGAUAAGCCUCACAAGAUGUCCUGCCUUACCGAAGACCGCGUCAACGUCUCGCCAACUUCUUCGGAUAUAAGCGUUAGUUCCAAGGAAAAUGAAUGUAUUGAUACGAAAAUGAAGAACAUAUCGCAGAAUACCAAGAAUGGAAAAAUGAUUAAAGCUGAAGGUAUUGUAAGGAUUGAAAAAUCUAACAACAAUAAUGGAUUCAAAAUAAAAAAUCAACGAUACUCAAGCGAAGAUUUAUAUAAACCGAGACCGUUACUAAGUCAACGUCCAAGAAGGCGAGAACUUCUGGGAGAUGCAGAUCCUGCAUAAUCACCGAUUUACUAAGAAACAAUAGUAGCGUUAUCAAUAGCUGUAGAUGUUACCUUAGAUACACCUAUUUUUAAUAAACUGAUAGAUUUACCACA